CACGCGCGACACACGCUUUAAAUCGUUAUCAGAGCAAUCCUCGUGUGAUGUUGAUAGAUUUCGUAGAGUGAGAAAAGAGAAACUAAAUAAUGUUGAUUAUUCCGCAAUGCCCAGAGUCCAAUUUUGUUUCCCUGUUUAUUUCCUUUAAAUAUACAUUUUUUGCCGGACCAUCGUCAUCGAAAAUUUAAAAUUCCAGGAUCUUGGAAUCUUCAUGUAUUUUACCGUCGAAUCUUACCUUGAUGUCUGUACUUAAAUUCUCCAGGCCAUAACAAUACACGCAUUAAGACUGUAUGCAAGUAGCUUGUGUCCCUUGCAGUGUAAAAACCCUGGCAACUUCAAUACACAGGACUAGUAACACAGGAUAGUGUAAGAAAUAAAAUAAAACGUGUUCAAUAUAGUGUGAAGAUGAAGAUUCAUGGAACUUGGGGAAAAUCAGUCGUGGUAUGGAUUAUUUGUAUUCAGUGCUUGGUACCUGUACUGAAACAAGUGUCGGGCAGCUGGAUGUAUCUGGCUAUGAUCGGGAUCUCCAAAUCUGAACUGGAAUCACAACAAGAUUCGACGAUUGGGCAAACUUCCGAAAUGACUGCUUGCAGCACAGUUCCUGACCUUGUGCCAAAACAAAUAAAAGUCUGUCAGGAACAUCCGGGCACUAUUCAUGCAGUAAGUGCUGGUGCAAAGUUGGGAAUUCUUGAAUGUCAGCGCCAGUUUAGGUACGAAAGGUGGAACUGCACACCAGAGGGCGGUUACAACGUUUUUGGGCACACAUUGAAAAGAGGAAGCAAAGAGGCUGCUUUUAUCCAUGCUAUCUUCAGUGCUGGUGUAGUUCAAGCUCUGACAGAGUCUUGUAGCUCGGGAAAUCUAACGGUGUGUGCCUGCGACCGUUCUCAACAAGGCUACACUAGUACGGCAGAUGGAUGGAAGUGGGGUGGCUGCUCCGACAACGUACGUUACGGUAUCUCUUUCGCUCGACUUUUUGUUGAUGCCACCGAGAAAACGCCGCGUAAGACAGCAGCCGAGGAUAAUUCCCAGUCUGAGAAUGACAAAAAGAAAAACUGGAAAAGGAGAAUGCAACAUCUUAAAGCUAUGAUGAAUCUUCACAACAAUCACGUGGGUAGACUGGCUGUCUCCAAACAUAUGCAACUAAAAUGUCGUUGUCAUGGAGUGUCUGGGUCCUGUGAGCUUAAAACUUGUUGGCGAAAGCUGCCAUCAUUUUAUGAAGUAGGUACGCACUUAAAACAGAAGUACGAAGAAUCAGUAAGAGUGAGGAAAGGUCGAAGGAAAUUACGCCGUCGUGACAAAAGAAGGCCUAAAGUACGAAAAUAUGAUCUUGUCCAUCUUCGCAGAUCUCCAAAUUUUUGUCUACAAGACCUUGCAAAUGGUAUUCUCGGAACUACUGGACGUCAGUGUAACAAGACGUCAAAGAAUGCCGACGGUUGUGACUUAUUAUGCUGUGGACGAGGGUAUAACACGCAGCUAAUAAGGCACAGCGAAAGAUGUAGGUGUAAGUUCCACUGGUGUUGCAAUGUGAGUUGUGAUAUUUGUGUAACAGAUGUAGAGAUUUACACAUGCAAGUGAUACGAAAUUUAUUCUUAAAACUGGCUGACACCUGAGAGAAGAAAGUAGAAAGUUUUUUAUUACUUUAUAUUCCGCUGCAAGCAAAUACGGGUGACAAACCGAUUCUUAGGCGGAGUAUUUGUGAUUUUGUAUAAAGAGUUUGAACACAGACUAAUGUUCAAUCAUGUGGACGGCUGUCCAAAAUUGUACAGUAAGUUGGUUAUGUAUGUAUAAACAGGUCAAAAGAUGCUUUUGUACCAAAAAAUAGCAUUUUUCUUUUAGCUUGAAUUUCAAAGGUAUUUUAAACAUUUGUAUAAUUAAAACAUCGAGAUUAAGAAAAGGUUUCAGGGGAGCAAAGAAGAGAUUUAAAGCAAUGAUCAGUCAUUUUCUCGUGUCUUAAUAGAUGGGGCUUCGUGGAUUACCAUAGAGCUUUGCAUUUAUUUAUAUUGACUGUGAUAACAUGCAGAUAGUAAGUAACAAUAACAACAUAUAUGCAAGAACUUGUUUUCUAUAGGAAAGUUUCAGAGCUGUGCUUAAUUUAGUAGGUUUUUAUCCACGAUACGUGGACUUGUAAAAUGUUAACACACUAUUUGUUUUCAUAUAGUUGUUAGUCGAAGGUUGAAUUUCGUACCUGAACACCGAAGUUUACUGACAUAGGUUUGCUUAUAGAUAUACAAACUACAUUUUUCAAGAGAGAUUAAAGUUGCAUGAGGAAAAAUUGUGUUUCUUGCGUCCAAAAUAUUGCUGUUUAUUUUUAUAUUAAAAACACAAAGAAGUGGGUUCGAGUGUUCAAAUUGAAAUUCAUUAGAAAGAGGUAGUAGAAGAAGCUCCAAAAGAAAAUC